CGAUGUGUCUCUAGGGACUGCAUCGGCACGUCCAGAGAAACACCGAACGGAGAUCUCCAGUAUCUUGGACCGGCAUCUGUUGCGCGAUGGAGACCCGUAGCGCAGAGGACGCAGAUAAUACUAGUCGCCUGAACGAAUUCUUAAACUUUACGAUGAAUGACACAAUUAACCGACUUUGGAACACUGUGUCGGAGACAAUAGGAUUACGCAUGGCUGAAGACCCAGUGUUUCUAACGGCAGGCACGCUCAGGACUGCCGUGGAUGGCGCGCUUAUGGCUGUGCCUCCGUCUGAGCCCGCGCACCUGGUGGUGGCCUUCUGGGAUUCCCCGCUGAGUCACGGGAUCAACGUGUUCGUGGGGCUCGUGCUGUGCUUCACCAUGCUGGGGCUGGGCUGCACCGUGGAGAUUAGCCAGAUCGAGGAGCACAUACGGAGACCGAUUGGGGUGCUGCUGGCGCUCGUGUGCCAGUUUGUCAUCAUGCCCAUGGUCGCCUUUCUGCUCGCCCUGGCAUUCUCCUUGGACGACGUGGCGGCAAUGGCCGUGCUGCUGUGCGGGUGCUGUCCCGGGGGAAACCUCUCCAACAUCAUGUCUCUCCUGGUGAACGGGGAGAUGAACCUCAGCAUCAUCAUGACCAUCUCGUCCACGCUGCUGGCGCUCGUGCUCAUGCCGCUGUGUCUGUGGAUCUACAGCCGUGCGUGGAUCAACACCCCGGUGGUCAACCUGAUGCCGUUUGGGGCGAUCAUCCUGACCUUAUGCAGCACGCUCAUCCCUAUCGGUCUGGGGGUGGUUCUCCGUUACCGCAAUACGCGGGUGGCGGACAUUGUUCUGAAGGUGUCCCUCUGGUCACUCCUGGUCACUCUGGUGAUGCUGUUCAUCAUGACGGCCGCCAUGCUGGGCCCCGAGCUCCUGGCGACCAUCCCUCCCUCCGUCUACGCGGUGGCCGUCCUCAUGCCCAUGUGUGGAUACGCCGCCGGAUACGGCCUGGCGGCGCUAUUUGACCUCCCGCCGCAAAGUCGCCGGACCGUCUCCCUGGAGACCGGCUGUCAGAACGUGCAGCUGUGCACCGCCAUCCUGAAGAUGGCGUUCCCGCCGCAGCUGAUGGGCGGCAUGUACAUGUUCCCGCUGCUCUACGCGCUCUUCCAGGCGGCCGAGGCGGGUAUCUUCAUCCUGGCCUACCGGACGUACCGGAAGGAGGUCCUGCAUAAACAAGACCCGCUGGGCAACGGCGAGGAUAUAACGUACCAACGGUUUCAAGAUGAGGAUGUAGGCUUUGACACUUCCUACGGGGCGGUGACCGUCAGCGACCCAAACACCAUCAUGCUGGACCCGUGUCCGGACGCUACUCCAGUGUAGACUGUGUCCGCGGUGCGAAGACUUGUUUAUUGCGAGAACCACGAAGUGUA